AUGCAGAAUAUUAAUUCAAAUAAACAUUCUAUUAAUGCGGAGCACGAAGUAUCUCAGGGUACUGCAGAAUGUGACCUGGUUGAGCAUAAAGCUUUACAGCAACAAGUAGCAAAAUUGGGCGAAGUAAAUGCAAAUUUAGAAGAUGCUAUACAAAUUAAAAAUUCGCAAUUGAACAGCGCACAUCAUGAGAGAGGCAGAUUAUUGUCAGAGGUAAAGAAGCAAAAGAGAUGUAACAGAAAUCUCAAACAACAGUUAGAUGAUGAGAGGCACUUCUAUCAACGGGAGAAAGAUCACUUCACCGAAGAAAUGCAACGGUACAGAGUCCGAUGCACCGGUAAUGUAUUCACCAAACUCGACCAGCAACGGCGUAAGGAACUGGAGCAAGUUCAAGAUACCUUGGAGACAGAGAACAAACAGUUCAAGGAGGAACUGGCGAAUAAAAAUGAAGUUAUAUACAAUUUAUGCAUAAAGUUCCUUCGUAUGAAAUAUGCUAAGGAUAUUUUAAGGAACAAAUUGGAUCAGUUGUUGCACGAGCAUUUACUGGUGAUGGCGGAAAUGAUGGAGAAGUUAGACGAGGCGAGAAAGGAACUUAACUUAAUCGUGUCGAGGAAAUUUCAAGAGCCGUUACCCCUCAGUAAAGCCAAGUUCUUGCAAGUUGUGCAGAGAAAUAAUAGAUUGAUAUAUGAAAAUGCAACGUUAAAGGCGCGAGUCCAUCUACUUAUGCAGAAAUUAAAAAGCAACGUUCAAAAGCCAAAGAAGAUUAACGUAGAUGCCGCGAUCAUCGAGAAAUUAUCGACGCAAAGCUGCACAAGGUCAAUUUUAAGUAAAACCGAAAAGAUCGCUCUGUUUAAAAAAUUGUCUCAAUCUGUCGACCAUUCCGAAGAUGCAGAGAUUAUCUCACGAAUAUAUUCUAGAAACACGGAUGAUCGUACAUUCGGUGAUGUGAAGGACAUCGAAGAGGAUCUCAAAGAAUUUCAUACCGAACGUGCCCAAAGUGCGCCAGGGAUUGUAGACACGUCAACGGUUUCUCAAGGAAAUAGAAAGAGAUAAAAAGAAUUUCUUAAAUAAUGUGCUUAAUCACAGUUUCGUAUAUUUUUAUUUAUAUCAACUCGUUGAGAACACAAUACGAACAAGAGCGCUUCCGCUUGUUACCGACGUAUUGCCGAUUGUCGAUGCCUGAUAUCUUCCACUGAUACGGCGCGAUAACGCAUUUAGAUCCAUCUGUAGGAUAUGCGACAAGAUAAGUGGAGUCUUAUCGGGCGAUUUCGAUGAUAAAACAAUCGAUCGCAUUCGCCGUUCGCAUUUCAAAAUAAAUGCCUCUUUCCGCUUUUUGCGACACGGGGUCAUCGUCCUUAUCUUUUUCGGCAUGGCAAACCGCAGGAAUUCCGACGCGUGCACCUUUCGUUAUCUCUUUUCUUUGUCGAUCUGAGCCAAUGACUUCUCGAGUUCUUUUCUCUUUUUAGGAUUUUGUUUGAAGCAAGCAAAAUUUCGAGAAAUUGAUAGCAUCGAUUUUUCCGUGUCUCGGAACCUGUGCGAAAUGCGCGAUAUUAAGGAUGCAACGU